AUGGUAGCCGAAACUGAAUAUUACGACAUUAUCGGUGUUUCUCCCGAAGCUGGUGACAACGAGAUCAAGAAGGCCUAUAGAAAGAGGGCUUUGCAGCUUCAUCCUGAUAAACAAGGAGGUGACCCAGAGCUGUUCAAAGAGCUCACUCAUGCCUACGAAGUUCUUUCGGAUUCGAACAAACGAGCAGUAUAUGACCAAGCUGGUAAAGCUGGAUUAGAAGGAGGUGGCGGUGGAGGGGGUGGAAUGGACCCUCAAGACUUGUUCAGUCAACUGUUCGGAGGGGGUGGUGGAUUCUUUGGUGGUGGUGGUGGCGGUGGAUCACGGAACGCUGGACCUCGUCGUGGAAAAGAUCUCGUUCAUCGAAUCAGUGUCACACUCGAAGACCUCUACAAAGGAAAAGUACAAAAGCUCGCAUUAUCCAAAUCUGUCAUCUGCAAAUCAUGUGAAGGACGAGGAGGUAAAAAAGGAGCAGUAUCAACAUGUACCGGAUGUCAAGGUCGAGGUGUCAAAGUCAUGUUGAGACAAUUAGGUCCAAUGAUGCAACAAAUCCAACAACCAUGUGGAGAAUGUGAAGGUACAGGAGAAAUGAUGAAUCCUAAAGAUAGAUGUAAACAAUGUAAUGGAAAGAAGACAAACUCUGAGAGAAAAGUACUCGAAGUUCAUAUCGAUAAAGGUAUGAAAUCAGGACAACAAAUCAAAUUCGCCGGUGAAUCAGAUCAAUCUCCUGGGACAGUUCCAGGUGAUGUUGUUAUUGUAAUUGAAGAAAAGCCUCAUACACGAUUCCAAAGAAAAGGUGAUGAUCUCUUUUGUGAAGCUGAAAUCGAUCUUUUAACCGCUCUCGGUGGUGGUGAAUUCGCUAUUGAACAUUUAGAUGAAAGAGCUUUACACGUCACUAUCGUACCAGGAGAAAUCAUCAAACCCGGCGCUCUCAAAGUCAUCUCGGGUCAAGGUAUGCCUUCGUACCGACAUCAUGAGCUUGGAGACCUCUACGUCAGACUCAACGUCAAGUUCCCAGAAUCAAUUCCUGUAGACGCCAUCCCCCAACUCGAAAAAGCCCUUCCCAAACGAAAGGACGUACAAAAGUUCCCCAAAAAGGUUCAUUUGGAUGAGGUCACUCUUGAAGAGCCAAAUGACAGACAACGACGAAGUGCUGCUUCUGACGGUGAUGAUAUGGAUGAAGAUGAUGAGGAAGGUAGACCAGGUGUUCAAUGUGCUCAACGUGAGUGA